CACAGUAGAACAACCAAAACAAACAGAUUUUAGAUAGAAAUGAAUAUGGGUGUCUUGCAAUAUUAUUUCUCAAUGAAGGCUUUGCUUUGGGUUUUAGUAGUUUUUGUUCAAACUCGUGAGUACAUGGGUUGCUUGGAGGAAGAUAGAGUUGGUCUGUUUCACUUGAAGUCAUUUCUGACUAUAUCCAUUCCGUCUCUCACAGCUUAUAAUUCAGACUAUGAUAUUCUUCCUUCAUGGGUCGACCAUGAGAAGAGUGAUUGUUGUGGUUGGGAGCGGGUCACGUGCAACUCUACCACAGGUCAUGUGAUAAAACUGUCCCUUGACAAUUUAAUGCAAGAUCUUUAUUUGCAUUACAAAAGGGUGAAAUAUUAUGAGGAACUUCCAUGGUUGUUAAAUGUGUCUCUAUUAGAGCCUUUCAAGGAGUUAAGAAGUCUUGAUCUAUCCUCUAAUGCAAUUGAUGGUUGCAUACGAGAUGAAGGAUUUGAAAAGCUUUCAAUUCUAAGGAAUCUGGAAAAUUUAAACCUUGGCAAUAACUUGUUUGAUGACAAUAGCAUUCUACAAUCUCUGGGUGCUAUCACUUCGCUCAAGACUUUAAAUCUUACUAGGAAUAAGUUGGAGGGAUACUUUCCAGCUGAAGAAUUAGUUACGUUGAGAAAUUUGAACACGCUGGAUAUAAGCUCCAAUUUGUACAAUGGUACCCUCCCAAAUCAAGGUUUUGAAAGGCUAGCGGUACUGAGAAACUUGGAGACAUUGAUCCUCGAUUGGAAUAACUUUGGCUACAAAAUCAUACCAUCUCUAAGUAACCUUACAUCCCUUAUGACAUUAAGUCUUUCAUGGAAUAUGUUUUGGGCAGAUCAACGAGUAAAUGUUGAAGGUACUUUCGAAAGGCUCGCCGUAUUGAGAAAUCUGAAGACAUUGAAUCUUGAUGGGAAUAAUGUUGAUGACAUGAGCAUCAUACCAUCUCUAAGUGGGCUUACAUCCCUUACGACAUUGAAUCUUGCGUACAAUGAUUUGCGAGGAGUAAAUUAUGGUGAAGGUUGGAAAAUGUUGUCAAGAUUGGAGAACUUGGAGAUAUUAGAUCUUUCUCACAAUUACCUCAACGACACUAGUUUUCUUCAAUCAAUUGCUGCAGUCAAAUCUCUUAAGAGUCUCAAUCUUAAAUACAAUGAGUUGACGGGAUUAUUUCCAACCAAAGAGCUUGCAAAUUUAAGCAACUUGGAGGUUCUUAUCUUGGCAGGAAAUCAUUUUGGUGGACGACUAGCAACCCAAGAAUUUUGUGCAUUGAAGAAGCUUGAAGUGUUAGAUCUAUCUUACAAUUACUUUGAGGGGAUCCUACCUCCAUGCAUAAACAAUAUGACAUCUCUUGUGGUGUUAGAUAUUUCUGAUAACCAAUUUAAUGGAAAUGCUUCAUCAUCAUAUGUAGAAGCCAGCGGAACAAGUCUCGAGUACAUUGCUUUCAAUUAUAACCAGUUUGUGGGCAUAUUCUCAUUCAAAUUAUUUGCCAAUUACUCUAAGCUUGAGGUUCUUGGAUUCAAUGGCCAAAACAAUAAAGUUGAAAUAGAAACUGAAGGUUCCAUGGGUUGGUCCCCUUUGUUUCAACUGAAGAUCAUUGAGUUGUCCAAUUGUAGUCUGAACAAGCUCACCAGCAGUAUUCCGAAAUUUCUUCUUGUCCAGCAUGAAUUGGAUGUAGUUAAUCUUUCUUAUAGUAAGUUGAAAGGAAGCUUUCCAAAUUGGUUGGUUGAAAACAAUACAAGCUACGCGUGCUAGAUCUUCGAAAUAA